UUCACAACAACACAAAAUCCACCAAAAAUCAUGGAAGAAAAGAAGAAGAAACACAAUAAGAAGCAGAAACACCAACACCCAAAUGAUCAAACCACCAAAUCCGCAUCAGAUUUAUCUUUCAAACCCACCUCUGACGUAAAAGGUCUCCGAUUCGGUGGCCAAUUCAUUGUAAAAUCAUUCACAAUCCGCCGCGCACGGCCGCUCGAGCUCCUAAGUCUCCUCUGUUUCACUAAACCCAACAACAACAACAACAACAUCAACAAACUCCCUUUUCCUUCAACCACAGCUUACUUGCCGACAAACUUCACAAUCCUGGCACACCACGCCUGGCACACACUCACACUCGGCCUUGGAACCAAGAAAUCGAAAGUUGUUUUGUUUGUUUUCGAGUCGGAGACGAUGAAAUCAGCAGUAGACCGUGUGAGCCCGGCGGAGAUAGCUCUCGGGGACGUGAAUAAGAAGCUGAUUAGAGGUGUAAGUGGGUGUGAAAUGGCGAGAUUCAAGUUCAGGAAAGGCUGCAUAACAUUCUAUGUGUACGCAGUGAGACGUGUAGGGAAUUUGGGAUUUUGUUGUGCUGAUGAUUUGAGGACAAUUUUACAGUCUGUGGUGGCACUCAAUGAUUUCUUGGAUCAUACUGCCAUGCUUGCUUUGCCUAAUCAGAGAAGCAUCAAUUUCGAGCCCCAAUUCGCCAUGGCUCACUAACUAGCUUGUCCUUUUAAUCUCUCUGUGACUCUGUAUGAUCAUCAUCAUCUCCAGAUUGAAUAGAAAUGGAGUUUUUGUCACAGUGAAUUCAUACACCAAGUUGAUCCCUCCGACUCUGAUUGAUCUGCAGGAGCUUUCGGACACAAGGUCAGUGACACUGUAACAAUGUUAUGUUAUAUUUAGAGUUAAUAGACUUUGUUCCAACUCAGUACUCCAAUUUCAUAUUGUUUCAACUCAACCACUGAAAGUUUGGAUUUGUUUCAACUUCAUCACCCGAACAGAUUGCACCAAAUCUGGACAGUCAAACAAUUCGACUCUGAUUGAUCUGCAGGAGCUUCUGGACAUUGUGUAAGUGAGUGACAAUGUUAUAUUUAAGAAGAGAAAAAUGACACAGUGAUUCAUGUUUAGUUACGUGCAAUAACUUGUAAAUCACAUAUGCUAAAUAAACCAUGUAUAGAUUGAUUAGC